CCGGAAUUGGUCAAGGGACCGCCGCGGGUCAAGCUGUAGAGGGGAUCGCGAGACAGCCUGAGGCGGAGGGAAAAAUCCGGGGCACUCUAUUGCUUAGUCUAGCUUUUAUGGAAGCUUUAACAAUUUAUGGAUUGGUUGUUGCAUUAGCACUUUUAUUUGCGAAUCCUUUUGUUUAAUUUAGAAUGGUAAGACUAAUAAAGAGACUCUUGAGGCUUUUUUUUUUUCAAAUUCUAUUAAAAAUGCCUCUUGGUAUUACUUUAUUGUUGAGAAAAAAACCUUAUGAUACACACGAAAUAAUAAUACUUAUUCUAUUUAAUUGCUUUCAUCCUUUUCACUCGUAGUUUACUCGUAGUUUAAGGUUACUUUUUUUAGUGAGGCUUAGUAGAUCCGCAAAAAUACACUAAAAUAGAAUGUGUAUUUAAUCUUAUUUAAUAUUUAAUUAAGAAGUUCUAAAGAUUUAUUUAUUAUUUAUUUCAUAAAUUGAAUAAAAUAGAAAUAAAAAACAAAGUGAAGUAAAGAGUGUUGUUUUAUUUUAGUCUAUACUAUAAAAGAGGAGAAUUUAUGAAAAGCGUAACCGAUUCUUUCCUUUCUUUGGGCCACUGGUCAUCUGUUGGGAGUUUCGGGUGGAAUAACCGAUAUUUUAGCAACAAAUCUAAUAAAUCUAAGUGUAGUUCUUGGAGUAUUGGUCUUUUUUGGAAAGGGAGUGUGUGCGAGUUGUUUAUUUCAGGAAUAGGCUGGACUAACCAGCUGUACUCUUACUCUUUAUUUUUAUGAAAACUCGGAGAAAGAGGUGCAUUAUCUCGCGAAUUACUUCUGAAUAAAUAAAUUCUCUGUAAGAACCAUAGCAUUUCGUCAUUUACUGGUAAAUCAACUUUGAUUCUCUCUCACCCAAGACUAUGAUACUAUGAACAUGGUUAAAAAAAUCAUUUGAAGUCAAGGCACUAUAUGGUACUCUUUCUAUCACUAUGUUCAUUAUAGAGAUAUUUUCAAAAAUAAUAUUUGAUCAAUAGAGGAUGCUCAUAUUGAUUAAACUAAAGGAACCCCUUAAUCUUUAUUUUUUAAUUUUUCACAAAGAAGGGAAAUUUCCCUGUUUAUCCAAAUCCAAUGCUAAAUUGACGGCCUGUGUUUAUAAAUAAGUAAUAAAAUCUUUUGAAAAAAAAAAUAACUUUGCUGACAAUUACCGAUUUUUUGGUUGUUUUGUUAGAAGAGUCCUCAUCUGUUUGGAAUAUUAACAAAGAUAAAGAAGAAGGAAGAGAGGAUAAGCUCAAUGGAGUAAUAAAGAACCAAAAAAACAUAUCAUAAUUCUUAUGAAGUUUGAUUUGAAGGAAUUGAGCUUGAGAGCCAAAUGAAUUGAAAGAUUCAUGUUUGGUUCGGGAAGGGGGUUUUUCUGUUUUGAAAUCAAAGCAAAAAAAAAUCUACUUUCAUUAAGUGAUUUAUUAGAUAACCGAAAAAAUAGGAUCUUAAAUACUAUUCAGAAUUCAGAAGAACUGCGUGGGAGGUCUAUUGAAAAACUAGAAAAAGCCCAAGCUCAUUUAUCUAAAGUAGAAAGGCAAGCCGAGGAGUUUCGACUGAAUGGAUACUCUGAAAUAAAACGAGAAAAUUUGAAUUUGCUUAAUUCAACUUCUAAUAUUUUAGAACAAUUUGAAAAUGAUAAAAAUGAAACUAUUCUAUUUGACAGGAAAGAGCUAUUCAUCAAGUAAAACAACAGGUUUUCCAACAAGCCUUACAAAGAGCUCUAGAAACUCUGACUUGUUGUUUGAACACCGAGUUGCAUUUACGUACUAUUAGUACCAAUAUCCGCAUGUUGAGCACACUUCAAGAAAUAAAAGAUUAGUCUUUAAUUUUCUAGCGGAGGUAUUAUUUUUUUUUAUAAGAAUAAUUUAAGAACGAAUCAUGGGAACGAUCCAAGCCGAUGAAAUUAGGAAUAUUAUUCGUGAGCGUAUUGAAAAAUAUAAUAGAGAGAUAAAGAUUGUCAAUACUGGUACCGUCCUUCAAGUAGGCGAUGGCAUUAUUCGUAUUCAUGGUCUUGGUGAAGUAAUGCAGGGGAAUUAGUAGAAUUUGAAGAGGGUACAAUUGGCAUUGCUCUCAAUUUGGAAUCCACCAAUGUUGGUGUUGUAUUAAUGGGUGACGGAUUGAUGAUACAAGAAGGAAGUUUCUGUAAAAUCAACAGGAAGAAUUGCUCAGAUACCAGUGGGUGAAGCCUAUUUGGGUCGUGUUAUAAAUGCCCUGUCAAAUCCUAUUGAUGGGAGGGGCGAAAUUUCAUCUUCUGGAUUUAGAUUAAUUGAAUCCCCCGCUCCAGGGAUUAUUUCGCGUCGUUCCAUAUAUGAGCCUCUUCAAACUGGACUCAUUGCUAUCGAUUCAAUGAUCCCUAUAGGCGUGGUCAGCGAGAAUUAAUUAUUGGAGACAGACAAACUGGUAAAACAGCAGUAGCUACGGAUACGAUUCUAAAUCAACAGGGUCAAAAUGUAAUAUGUGUUUAUGUAGCUAUUGGUCAAAAAGCAUCUUCUGUGGGCUCAGGUAGUAACUACCUUACAAGAAAAGGGAGCCAUGGAAUAUACUAUUGUGGUAGCCGAAAUGGCGGAUUCCCCUGC